AUGGCGAAUGAGAACUCUCCGUCCAAGCAGGGACCCAGGUCGGACGGCGGCGAUGAUCAGCAUGGGGAGGAAGUGAACGGGCACGCCAAGAUUGCGAAUGGGCAUGAUGCGUUGGAUCUGGCCGAGACGACUGAAGGUGCUGCCAAGCAGUCUGCUGAGCGUCUCCUUGCCAAGCGGACCGAGCACGAGCGCGCCCGUCAGGUCACCCGCGAGAAGUUCGAAGAGCAGAUGCGCCAGCUCGAAGCUGAGCAGCUCGCUGAGGAGAAACAGAUCAUCUCUUCUUCACCCGUCGAGGCUUCCUCGGCGCCGACGACUCCGCCAGGCCAGCACGCGGCCGCUUCCAAGGCGGAUGUCCCCGCCACUGAGCCCGCACCUAUCGGUCCUCCAGGCGGUACGGGUAUCGGCGCCAAGUCGAUGCCCGCGAGCAGGCGGACGAGCGGGUACGGCGGGAACACGUUUGGGUUUGAGAAGAUGAGCUUGAGCGUGAUGGAGCCGGGGCAGGCGGGGAAGUGGGACGAUGAGGUGGAUGAGCAGGGGGCGGAGGGGACUGUCAAUUACUUGGGUAUGGGUGAUGAUGAUUUCGACCCGUCAGAGCGCAAGCACGUCUCGACCAACUCGGCCGCUCUCGACCUCGCCGCCCUCGGUCAGACCCCUCCAAGGGGCUACGGUGCCCGUCCCUUCGACACUUCGGUCAAGACCUCGGACUGGUCGACCUUCCCCCAGCACCGCACAGCGGGGACUUCGCCGCUCGCCAGCUCGCACGCAGCCCUUCUCGAGCACCCCCACACGGCCGUCGACCACCUCCUCAACGGUGCCGGUAUGGCUGACUCUAUCGCCUCUCUGCCUGCCAUGCCGAGCAAGAGCGUGCCGGGCACGCCGUUUGGACUCGGCGGUAGUGGAAUCAACGGCGUGAAGAGGAGCGGGACCAGCCCGAACAUUGCGGACGGGAUGGGCGGACGGGGGUUCAGUAACCCGGAUUUGGCGAGGGCGUUCGGCAAGCAGGGGAAUGUCUCUUUCAACCUCGGCGAGCAGCAGCCAAGGCCCUACGCUGCCGACCCCAUCUACUCGAACAUGUUCAACGGCAACGGCGGACCCAUGCCUCCCCUCACCGGCGGCAACGCCUUCUCUUCCGGCGGCAACUUUGGCGCGCCGUACGGCUUCGAGGAAGACCCUUCCGGCUACGGCUCGGGCGCACUCUACUCGUCCGGCGCUAUGGGCAUCAAGAACAAGCGGUCUGACGCCGACCGGGAGUUCAACCGUUUCUCGGGCGUCCGGAUCGAAGAUCUCCAAGGCGAGAUUCUCCCCCUCACCAAGGAUCAGCACGGGUGCCGAUACCUCCAAAAGGUGCUCGAGGAUGGUGAUCCAGCCCACCGGGACAUGAUCUUCCGCGAAGUCUACGGCCACUACCCCGAGCUCAUGACGGAUCCCUUCGGCAACUACCUCUGCCAAAAGAUCCUCGAGGUUGCCAAUGACGAGCAGAUCUCGGGUAUCGUCGAGAGCGUGUCGAAUGAGCUGGUCGGGAUCAGUCUCAACAUGCACGGGACGCGGGCGGUACAGAAGAUGGUGGACUUCUUGGCGAGCCCGAGGCAGCCCAAGCAGAUCAGGACGUUGAUCUAUGCGCUGAGCAUGAACGUUGUCGCGCUCAUCAAGGAUCUCAACGGGAACCACGUCAUUCAGAAAUGCCUCAACAAGCUCAUCCCUGAAGACAACCAGUUCAUCUACAAUGCCAUCGCUGCCAACCUCAUCGAAGUCGCUACCCACCGUCACGGCUGCUGUGUCCUCCAGCGCUCCAUCGACCACGCCUCCCCAGCUCAGCGCGUCCAGCUUGUCACAGAGAUCAUCUUCAACUCGCUCUACCUCGUCCAAGAUCCGUUCGGCAACUAUGUCAUCCAGUACAUCCUCGACCUCAACGAUGCAAGGUUCUCGGAACCGCUCAUCCGCACCUUCAUCGGCAACGUCUGCUCCCUCUCAGUUCAGAAGUUCUCGUCGAACGUUGUCGAAAAGUGCAUCCGGGUCGCCGAUGUCGAGAUCCGGAAACUGCUCGUCGUCGAGGUGCUCAACCGGUCCAGGCUGGAGAAGCUCCUCAGGGACAGCUACGGGAACUACGUCGUACAGACCAUCCUCGACUACUGUGAUCCCGGACAGCGCAUCAUGCUUAUCGAGAUGAUUCGACCCCUCCUCCCCUCUAUCCGCAACACCCCUUACGGCAAGCGCAUUCAGUCAAAGCUCGCUCGCGAAGACUCUUCCUUCGGUCACCCAUCUCUCGGCUACGGUCCUACCGGUGGUGGCGGACGCGGCGGUGGUGGUGGCGGCCGAGGCAACUUCCAGCAGGGCUACCAGCGCCACCUCGGCCGACCCCAGCUCCAACACAUCAACGCCCUUACCGACGUCUACGGCUCGCAGGGCGGUCCGUUCGGCGCCGGGCCCGGCCAAGGUCAAGGCUACGGCGGUCAAUCACCAGCGCCGAUGCAGGCGGACCACACUGGGCUCAGCUACCACGCUCCCGGACCGGAUGGGGCGCAGUGGCUCCACCUUCGUGCAGGCGGAUCGGCAGCUGGCGGCGGAGGGAAUGGCGGAGCAGCAGCGGCGCCAUGGGCGGACAUGAACAUCAAUGGCGGCGGUGGUGGGGAGAUCGAAGGGGGCUGGCCGGGACAGUACGGCUUUGACCCGCACGGACUCGGUCAGGGCGGGAUGGGCCAGCAUCAGAUGAUGUAG